CCCCUAACUUCUUAAUCGCACCGAUAGCCGCGUACGUUCCUACAUUCUAUGGUCCUUGUUUUUAUUUGAUACUGUUCUAUAUUCUUCCUGUACAAGAUGGUCAGGCUCUGCUUAACACGCAGAUGUGGCAUUUGUCAUUUCGAUUUCUGCGAGAAUGAUGCAAUUAUUGCUGUGAGACCCGACGGUAAAGAAUCAAAGCAGUUUAAGUACCGUUCUGAUGCGGAAAUUAACGACUCAAUUGGACUUAUUUGGUGCAAUGCAUGCCCUAUUCCUUGCGUUCAUCAACGCGACCAGGCUGUCGGCUGCCAUCGCGUUUGCCGGAACAUCCUGACUCCUUCACCCCUUGCCGAGUUCCUUCAGACUGCUGCCUAUUCCUGUGAGCCUACUUUCAACCAAGAACGAGAGCGGCGCUUGUGGCUUCUGAAAACCAUAGAGUCGCGGCUCAAACUCUUCGGAACCCUGGCAGGUGAGCUACGACGGGAGAUAGCUCAAUACUUGCUUCAAGACGACGCCGCGAGGACAAACAUACUGGGGCUCACCUGCAAGAAACCCUUUCAGUCUUCCUUCACCGUGCGGGCUCCGUUUCGUGGGAAUUAUGUGACGUACGAAGGUGAAGUCUACUUCAGGUCUCUAAUCAACGAGCCUCAGAGGACGGACGACUGGCUAGCACCCUUGGCUGUCUAUGUGGCCGAAGACCACCGCGGUGUAAAGAGAUUGAUAUGGAGUCGCUAUGAAGAGCCUCCAACUGUAAGUUGUAUACCUGGUGUGUUCUGGAAAGGAUUGCCGAUUCGAAACUCUGAGGGGCUCAUGGAGUUCUAUACCAAUGGCCUCUUACUACGCUAUUUGUCGUGUCGCGACAGUUACCACGAGUACAGCACACGCACCUUAGAUUCUUUUGCCAUUCCGCGUCAUCCUUUCAAGCCAUCGCGGAGUGUAAACUUUCACGGAAUGACAGACAAGGCACCGCGACGAAUGUCUAUAUUCCAAUACAAUCGUCCUGAAAUCACCGGCUUCUCAGUCUGCUGUAACCCUGCUCCCAUCACCCUCUAUACUCACACGCGAGGAGAUGAUCUGUCAUUCUAUUAUUCAACUCCUGCUAAUUCUUCUUGGAUUUAUGUUCCCCUUGAGCAUAAGGAGUAUAUUACAAGCAUUUGGAUACGCCAUCCGAAACCGCUAAAGAAGAUGCUGGCACUGGCUUUUGAGACAGAUAAGGGACAUUUGUAUUUACUAGGUGCUCAGGCAACACCAGCGCUAUCAAACUGCAACUGGGAGCUCCUUGAUAUUUCAAAAGGGGAACCCGGUCACUUCUUUUUCGACUCACACCCCUCUGCUAUGAGGGGCCUAAUAUUCGACUCAAAAGCGCCGAGACAACCCAGAGUUUUAGAUGCGCCUAAGCCUGUGUCUCCACAUCCGGGUUUGCAUGUCUGUGAAGACUUUCACUGGUCUCAAGCCAGCCUUGAGAAUGUCGUUGCGGUGACUCCUUGUUGUCGAGUGACGAAAGGAUCACCUGAAUUCAUAGGUCUUUUGCUGGACUACUCAGAUGGAAGCAGGGCAUGUGUAGGGCAGGUUCGCCUGGACUGUCUCAGUCCUCCUCUCACUAUCAAAUCCUCCCCAAGGCUUUGGUUCGGCUUUGAACUCAAUGACGAAAAUCGCCCUUAUAUAGCCAGGAUUGAGAUAUCUGACGCACAUUUGGAUAAGAAAAUGACCAUGUGGUUCGAGGUGUUCUUGAGUGGUAUAAUUGAAUGGUGGUACUCAUACCGACAGUGCCAGAUAUGGCAAGGUGGACGUCGAAGUCUAGCCACGAGAUCUUAAUAACUUGGCAUGUCAGAGAUGAAGCGCGCUGCGGUAUAAGUCAGGGUUUAGCAAUGUAUUAGUAGGAAUUUCAUCUAAAGCUGUUGUUAUAAAUAGGAUUAACUUAAAUUCUACCCUUUCUUUCUUUAA